AUGUGGAACUACUUUCACUGGCGGGCGCGGCCAUAUUGCUUAUAUUUGUCGGUGAAAUACCAGUCGAAAAUCCACUUUAAAUCUCCGUCGAUUAUUCCCAUCCAUCAUGACGGCGGAUAGAGAUGAACAUGUGUAUCAGGCCAAAUUGGCUGAGCAAGCCGAGCGUUAUGAUGAAAUGGUAGCAGCUAUGAAGAAGGUGGCCGAGAUGAAUGUAGAACUUUCUGUAGAGGAACGAAAUCUACUCUCAGUCGCCUACAAAAAUGUAAUCGGUGCACGGCGUGCGUCUUGGAGAAUAAUUAGCAGCAUAGAACAAAAAGAAGGAGAUAAAGACGAAAGCAAAAAAUCAUUGAUCCAAGAUUAUAAAGAAACAGUGGAAGAAGAACUUAAAAAUAUCUGCAAUGAUAUCAUAAAGAUUUUGGAGGAUCAUCUGUUAACUGCGGCCUCGAAAGGGGAACAACAAGUCUUCUAUCAGAAAAUGAAAGGUGAUUAUCAUCGAUACUUGGCUGAAUUUGCGACCGGCGAGGACCGAAAGGCUGCAGCAGAACGAAGCUUAUGUGCUUAUAAAGAGGCCAGUGAUAUAGCUACAAAAGAAUUGCCACCAACUCACCCAAUACGGUUGGGCUUAGCCUUGAAUUUCUCAGUAUUUUACUAUGAAAUCCUUAGCUCACCUGAUCGUGCAUGCCGACUGGCAAAAGCUGCUUUCGACGAUGCGAUAGCUGAGCUUGAUACGUUGAGUGAAGAAAGCUACAAGGAUUCCACACUCAUCAUGCAGCUGCUACGAGAUAAUCUGACACUCUGGACGACAGACAUGCAAGAUGGUGAGAAUGAAGCAACAAAGGUGGAACUCCAGGAUGCAGAGGAAUCACAGGAGGCUUCAUAAAAGUGGCACCGUGUAGUGGAUGGUAAUGGUCCGUUACCAGCCCAAGAAAUAAGGACCAAGAAGGAGGACCCAACGUGCUUAUUUCACCUAUUGGUCAGCCCCAGCAUGCCUUGAUCACGCACUGAGUCAGCUAACUUGGCAAUGACUGAUGCAGCAAGCAAAGCCUAACUGGCAAUGGCAAUGCAUCUUGUGUUGCAUACAUUUUCAGCUGUUAUAAUAAUCAGUUGUUUUAAACCGGGCCUCCACUUUAAGAGGAGAUUGUGCACAGAUCGCUUGUCAUUCACUCCUUCAGAACCACAGGUAGAUGUUCUCCUAGUGCAUCAGUUAAUGCAGUAUUUUACCAUUCAUUCGAAGGCGACCUAGAUGAGUCAUCAUUGGGUAGGAUCCACCAGAGGCCCAAUUUUAAAAGCCGAUCCAUACAAUGCUUUCCGUGGGAUUGUAAUCAGUAGCUUUCCUAUGUAAACAGCCUGUCUCUGCUUGCUGUUGCUGCUGUUUGAGAUAUCCAAUAUCCAGCUUGGCCUCAAGCAGCCAGUUUGCACGCGAGAGGCCUCAGUCCUUGUCAAGUUAGCCAAACAUUGUAAGAGGGAGAUGAAUAUAAAGUCAAGAUAGUCAUGAUUUUGCAUAUAAUGCAGAGAUUUGGUUGUUCGUGUCAAUUAUUGUUGACAUUUCUAAUAUGAUUAUUCUACAUCUGAGAUGGGAUGUGUGAGAUGAUGAUGGGAUGUGAUCUCGCGCUCUUUCAAAACUUUCUCAAGCCAAGUUUGCCCGUGUCCAGCCUGGCAUCAUCUAUUUGACUAGAGGAAGGAGAAACACAUUUGGACACAUCCUAUAAUUCUCCAACUCGGUCAUUUUGCUAACUAAUAAGCCUGAUAAGUUGACCCUGGGAGAUUGAGCAGAAGAUGGGUAGAAUUUAUAUCAAAGUAGGUGUUUUGGGUUUGUGAUGUCGGUAGGUUAUGAAAAUCAUCAUUCAAAACUGUGGCUUGUGAGGUUUCGUGAGAGAUGUCGAUCGUCAUCCUAGGUUGUUAUGAGACUGUAAUGGUAUAAGUGCCACAAGACUUCUCAAAACACUAUACCAUCCUGACAUAUAUCGCCGUUAUUUGCCUUGUUAAAUUGCGGGUAUAGAGACUUAACCCAAUCAAUAUCGCGCCCAGCCGCGUUCUUGGGAUUCAUUGACUUUAAAGUGCUCACCCCAAUGCUGGAUUCAAUGUUGAUGUUUUGGUGUAUCAGGGUAGGCAAGUUCUUUUGUGUAACUGCCUUGGGGGGGGGGGGUGAACUUAUUCUUGUGUUGGAAUAGACAUGGUGGUAGUGAGCAUCACAUUUGAGUAAGGAUGAGGCAUCAUGGGUAAAACACCUUCGCCACAAUUUCAUGGAGGGCCGAGGUAGCUUUAACAAUUUCAAGUGUGUAAUAUUAAUGGUUGUUUUUACACUGGAAUCAUUUAGGUGUAUAAUAGGUUGAUGCCAGACCAUGGAGACUAUCUGGUAAGAUUCUCUUCUAGAAUUCACUCGCUCUGAUUGCUCCGUAUGGUAAGUUGGUAUCAUAAUCCAAGGAGCAUUGGUGUUCAGAAGAGAUAAGUGUUCAUAAACACUGAAGAACUUGAUUCAUCAGUGUUAUGGGUCGGUCUCAUAAAACUUCAUUUCCACCCAAAACUUCUGGGUAUGCUCAUUCCGGGGAAGUGUUUAUUUCAAGUUUAUUGAUGUAGAGCAUAAGUAGAAGUUAUGACUAUCGACGUCACAUUGACAUUUUAUGAUACUGGGCCCUGGUCGUUAUCAACCCUGUCUCUGUCGUAUAAGGCUUCCAAGUGAGUUGAGCUGUCGCUUGGGGUGAAGAUAAGUCCAGUGGCACCAACACCCAAGUCAUGUUGCUCUUUCAAUCAUGUUGGAGAUUCUAGGUCGUAGGCCUUUAACUUCUUCAGUCCAGUAGAUGUUGUCGCAAUGAUAACUGCUUGAAGACCGAGCCUUGCUUUGUCUACUGCUCUGAACAACACCAAAAAGGACCAUUCUGAUUCUAGGCCAAGUGUGGACAGCUCAGUCCGGUUCACUUCAUCUUUUAUUCUCCAAGUGCUUUAAUAUCAUUUAGAAUGAGAAUGUGUAAUGUUUUUCAUUAUUGGCAUAUUACUUGGUUUGUGGACCAGUUAAUUGGAUCAUAACAUGAACAUUAUUAUGUUGUCAGACAAGGAACAUUCUCACGUCACCAGGAAUCCUCACAGAACCUAACCAUUACAUGUCAUUGAUCAGGUAGAGCCUUUAUCCUUUAACAACAACAUUCUCUCUUUGAAAACAAAUGAACCUUCUUGAUGACAUUAUGUUUAAAAAUUGACAGUUUCAAUGAUGAAUGGGGUGAUGUUUUGAAAAUCUGCUAUCUGCCCACAUUGAGAAGAGAAAUCAGUAUUUUUCAUGCCCUUAAAGGUAAAAGCAUACCUCGAUACUAUUCAACAUAUCAGUUUGCAUUUGUGGUGAGAAUUCCCUUGUCUGAUAUGUACCUUUGGAUGUAGUAUGCUGUCGGUUUGCACUUGUGCAAGCCAAUGGACGUUUGUAUAUGUACAAUAUUUAAAUAAGGCUCUCAAUCUGAUUGGAGAUAAACAGUGUAUGUGUAGUAUGUGGUGCGCAUGCCAGUAGCAUUUCUCACCAUGUUCUGUGAUCCGUGUAACCACACCCAUCUUAUCUGCCCCAUAGGAGUCGUUGGCAGCGCUGUCAAGAGCAAUCUGACGGUUGUAGGAGAUGUACGUUAGGUCAGUCCAGUGUCACUAGAGUGCAAAGUGGAAGGGGACCUCUCAAGUGAACAUAUUAUUAAGAUCUUUCAUGGUUUUCAAUAACUGUGCUUGUUUCAAUGUUUGUAGUGUGGAAAUCACUCCAGUCAAAAGAUUGGCUCCCAACCUGAUGAUUUUGGUUUCUCACUUUGUCCGAGUAACUCACUUGGCUUGGAUGAAUAUUGUUAUACUGUUAAGUUAAGGAACAUGUUUCUUUAUCAGCCUGCAUGCUAACAGAGUACCCUAGUGCACCCAACUUGUUCCUCUGUGUCUUACGUGGAUUGUAAUAACGUUUUGAACGUGUAAACCCAAUGUUUCGUAAGAAAACAUCGAGAAAUGAACUCCCUCUUGAGUAAAAAACUGGAAUCAGAUGUAGUUUCGUGUUUUUUGAGUAGGCUCCAGGAAAAGAUUCGACAUCAUCAGAAACCAUCUUCCCUGGGCUUGGUUUUCCCUUGAACAUAGUUAUCAUCAGCAGUAAGAUGGGGUCAGCAGAUGUGGUAGGUUCAGUCUAAGUGUGGCCAAUGCUGCCAUUUUUACAAGGUCACUAUUGUGUAAAGUGGCUAUUUAUAGGUGUAGGCUUUUAGAGCUGAGAGCUUCAAGUAAUGUAGGACUUAACUUAUAACCGGUCUGGUUAACACUUAGUCUGAUAUCACUAUUAUGAAGAAAUCAGGUGAAAGUUUGAUUGUACCAGAUUAAAUGUUCUUCUUAAUCAUCAUACUUUCUAAGGUAGAAUCAGUGGUUUUGUCUGUAGUCAGUGAAUUGUGUUUCUUCUGUUGAUGCCUAACAAUCUCCAUUAUAUACUUCUCUGUUUAUUUCACAUGAGCUACAUGGUGAAUCAAUUAUCUUGUAGUGUAUCCAGGGAUAUGUAACUUUGUAAAACCAAUGUCAUGCUUUUAACAUUAAAAUCUUAAGUCUGAA